AUGCAACAAGAAGGGACAACAACAAAAGCGAUUUGGGAAGAUUCUCCGUAUUUUAAACUCAGAAAAGACCAAGGCGACUUGACACGCAAGUCACGCGAAGUGAAUACGAAAGAAGCGGAAGUUAAAAUUUCGCAGGAAAAUCUUGCUAAACAACGCGAAGAGUUGAAUUCACAUGAGACAUCCGUUCAAGAAAGAGUCGAUGCUGCCAGUAAGUAUUAUAAAAUUUUGAUCUGUGACUUUUUAUGCCAAUACAUUGAAUAUUUAUGCUUGCCCUUUUGUACUGUACCAACUACCAAUAUCCGGACCAUUUAUGCUGAUUUGUCGUCAUUCUCUAAUCCUUCUACAACCACUGAUGAUGAUUAUCGGCCUGAUUUACUAAUUUUGACGAAAGACAAUUGUCCGUAUAUUCUGGAAUUAACCGUUGGAUAUGAGACUAACCUCAGAAAUAAUGUUAACAGGAAAUACUCCAAGUACAAAGAUAUGAUUACGGAACAAAAGAAAAAUUAUCAUGCGGUAAACUUCAUCAACCUUUCGAUUAGUGCACUUGGUGUGUUUGACAAGGAAUCUUCUGGUUUUAUAGUUAUUAAUUUAGAUAAAGCUCAUGUAAGAUACGUUAUUAAAAAGAUUAUUAAUAUUGCAAUAAGGUCAACCUACUACAUUUUUUGUUGUCGAAAUAAGAACUGGGUGAAUCCGGACUUUGAUGAAACUUUAAUUUUUUUAUUGUAUAAGUAUGUAUAUAGAGUAAUAGAGAAAAUUUAAUCGUGCGUUAUAAAAUCAUUUAAUAGUAAUAUAUCAAGUUGCCAAUUGUAAAUUACCUUAUAUAGUGAGAUUAAAUAAAGUUUCCAUAAUUAUUAUUAUUAUUAUUUUUAUUAUUAUUAUUAUUUCUAUUAUUAUUAUUAUUAUUAUUAUUAUUAUUAUUAUUAUUAUUAUUAUUAUUAUUAUUAUUAUUAUUAUUAUUAUUAUUAUUAUUAUUACUAUUAUUAUUAUUAUUAUUAUUAUUAUUAUUAUUAUUGUAUUAUUAUUAUCAGCAUUGAGCAGAGCAGCAUUGUUUAUACGCGCUCUGUACAUGUUGUUCGUUUUAUCGCUAUUUUCUUACUUGAACCACAGUUUAUUAAUAAAAAAUAUUAUAACUAUUGGAUUUACUGGGAUAUAAAUCAUGAUUCGUUCAAGCCUUGUUGCUAUGUUGGCAAUCUGCGCAGUUUGCUCGUUCUGUGGCAAAGACUUCGUUACGCUGGGCCGUCAUUCAUGGCGUUGUAAAGAAAAAAUAGAUCAAGAUCGUCCUGCUAACACAGUCAAUCAAAAUAUGUCGGUUAUGCAUUCUCCUGUCAGAAUCUCAAACACCAACGAUGUUAAGUGCUAUUGUGGUAAAUCAUGUAAAUGUACGCGGGGGCUUAAAAUGCACCGACGUAGUUGUCGUGUAAUACAUGGUUUAAAUGAUGAAUUGCUUACAGACCUUGAACAGCAAUAUACUGAGAACUUGAGUACGAAUACUUCUACUCAUUCUACAUUUGACGAAAUUGAUGUAAUCGAAAAUAUUGCGAGCGAUCAGAAUUUUUCAGUGUUGAAGAAAGGGGUAAAGCUUCCCAAAAGCGACGUACAAUGGUCAACGGCUGACAGUUAUUUCAAAUUUGAAUUGCAACUAAAUGCGCCAAUCAGAACCGAAGAUCUAAGCUCAAGCAUUACGCUAAUGAAUGAUGUUGUCUACAACUAUUUCGCUGAUAACUUCGGUUAUGUUGAGAAGAUGCCGGAUAAAGAGCUAGUGAAUAAGUAUAAAGAUCAAACAGUAAAAGCCUUAAAGAAAUGUCUAAAGCAACUAAAGCUAUCGAAUGCUGAUCCUCACGAAAUCAAAUAUGUAGCUCGCACAUUGCGUGAUAAGUUGCGUAAUGCCUGUCAAAUCAAUACAACUCAAAACGAAAACAAAAUGUUCAAUCAUGACAAUUACAUUAGUAGAAAUUUCUGGGGUUACGUUAAGAACGUCCUGAAUAAGAAUACUUGCCUACUUCAAUGCUUUCCGAUGUCAGAAUGCCUAAACUAUAUCAAGAAAACUCUAUGUUCAAUUAACCCAAACAAACUGUUUUGUAUUCCAAGCUGGAUUCCGAAGUUAUCCGAUCCUAUCGUAAACUUUGACCUUCAGCCCCCAACAUAUCGCCAAGUUACAAACAUUAUUCGCAGAAUGAAAGCUUCUGGAUCGCCUUGUCCUUUAGAUCAACUUUCAAUAAUUUGCUUCAAACGUUGUCCAUUUUUGCGCACUUAUCUAACCGAAGUGAUACGUAACGUCUGGUCUUCGAAAUCUGUACCAGCUGAAUGGAAAAAAGCGUGUUCUAUUCUUAUCCACAAAAACGGCAAUACAAGUGACCCCUCCAAUUUCCGCCCAAUUACUCUAGAAACUAUACCACUAAAAGUGUUUACCUCUUGUCUCCGCAAUGCUAUGUUCUCGUUCCUAACUGCUAAUAACUUUAUUGAACAUCAGAUUCAAAAAGGUUUCACUCCCAAUCUGUCUGGCACUUUGGAACACACUGCUCAAAUGACAAAUAUUAUCAACCAAGCGAGAAUAAAGCAGCGCUCUGUUGUCAUCACCCUUCUCGAUCUCAAGAAUGCUUUUGGUGAAGUGCAUCAUAAUCUAAUUCAAUCUGUCCUCGACUAUCAUCACAUACCCAAAGACGUUGGUGAAAUAAUAAAGAGCUUGUAUACGGACUUCAAUACUGCAUUUAUAACAUCAGAAUUCUCUACCCCAUUUAUAACUGUCGGUCGUGGAGUUCUUCAAGGAGACUGUCUUAGUCCUCUAAUUUUUAAUAUGUGCAUCAAUACCUUUAUUCAACAUAUAAAAACUGACAAAUACCGGCAAUUUGGUUUCAUUACAAAUCUUUUAAACCCAGUCCAUUGGUUCCAGUUCGCUGAUGAUGCUGCGGUAAUAAGCGGUCAAGAUUCAGAAAAUCAACAUCUUUUAAAUCGAUUCUCGAUCUGGUGCCAGUGGUCUAACAUGAUUGUCAGGGUUGAUAAGUGUUCAACAUUUGGGAUCAGGAAAAGUCUGACAAAAUUUAUCCAAUAUUUACCUAAACUUCUGAUUAACAAUGAAUUGAUACCCAAGGGUGGGUAGUAGCGAAGUAGUUGUAGUUCGCUACUGUAGCGAACUACAAUUUUCAAGUAGCCAGUAGUUUUUGACUACUUUUUUAAAACAGUAGCUGUAGUUAUAGCGAACUACAUUUUGCCUAAAAGUAGCCAAGAAGUUGGCUACUUUUCAUACAGCGAAUCGCUAUUCGCUACUUUUUAAAAUUGUUAGUAACUUGAUAGAAUAGCAUGAUAUUGAGACACGGUCUGCUUAAAAUCAAUACUCAAAAGUCAAUUUGCACGCCUGAACACUGUAGUGCUUUCAAUGUUGCUUUGUGUUUACUGUUGUUACUCGUAAAUCAAUUUGUUAUAGGUUACAUUCCAGCCUGAGUUAAUAGAUGCUCCAAAUACAGUAAAACUAAAAAUAUAGAGUAGCGAAAUAGCGAAAUAGUUCGCUACAUUUUUUAAGCAGUAGCUGUAGUCAGUAGCGAACUACCUUUCUUUAAAAGUAGCAGUAGUUGUAGCUGACUACAUAUUUUUGAAGUAGCUGUAGUUAUAGCGAACUACAAAAAAUUUGUAGUCAACCCACCCUUGUUGAUACCUGCCACUAAAACCGGAGAGUCGUUUCGAUACUUGGAGAAAUAUUUUGACUUCAGUAUGUCCGAAAAAGAACACAAACAAGAGGUAAUCACUCUCAUGGACGACAUUUUGUCUGAAAUUGAUCUCAAACCUUUGCACACGAAGAAUAAACUUUUGCUUUAUAGUCGUUACCUCCUAUCCAAACUUUCCUGCCAUUUCACUGUAACCACCUUAUCAAGAACCUGGGUCACUGAAAAUAUGGAUUCUGUGGUGAACAAGUACAUACGUAAAUGGCUUGAAAUACCUAUAUCAGGAACUCUAUCUAACGUCUACCUUAUCAGUAACAAGUUUGGUCUAAAUAUCUACCCGCCGUCAAUUAAGUUUGCUCAGUGCCAAACAGUUGCUCGUAACGCCUUAAAGACCUCUGCAAAUAAUUCCAUAAAAGACCUCUGGAAAACAACAUCUGAAAGCAAAAACAUUCAGUACGACGUAUACACCUCGACAAAGGAAGUCCUUAAAACUUUUACCUCGGGACAAGAAGACAAACUGCAGAAUCAUUUGAUUUUGCAGGGCUACUUCUUCUCAAAUGUCAUUAAGUUUUCACUGUCGAAAUUAAACGGCAUAUGGUCUAUUAAAAUCCCAAUCAAACCUCCCAAAGAACAUCUAUAA